CGCGGCUCCGACCGGCUUCCCCUCUGUGUUUGCUCCUCCCCUUCUCCUGACAGUGACCAUGGCGCCGGUGUACAGCAAGUACCUGACUGUCCGCAACUCCUCGGCGGCCGGGGCGGCGCUCUUUGUGCUUUACCUGCUGAGCAAGCGGAGGCGGAAGAGCGGCAAGAUACCGGUACAGAACAAUGAGAAAGAUGGAAAAAAGGAAAAAGCUGUGGUGGACAGAGUUUUCUUUAUGCGGAUUGGACGGAUCCUGAGAAUAUUAGUGCCCAAAGCCUUCUCAAAAGAGAGUGGCUAUCUGCUGCUUAUUGCUGUGAUGCUGAUUGCACGCACAUACUGUGAUAUUUGGAUGAUACAGAAUGGCACGUUUAUUGAAAGUGCGAUCAUCGGCCGCAGCAGAAAAGAUUUUAAGAGAUACCUGUUCAACUUUAUAGCCGCCAUGCCUGCUAUCUCAUUAGUAAAUAACUUCUUGAAGUUCGGUCUUAAUGAGCUGAAAUUGUGCUUCCGUGAAAGACUUACUAAGUACUUAUAUGACGAAUACUUGAAAUCCUUUACCUAUUACAAAAUGGGCAACUUAGACAACAGGAUAGCUAAUGCAGAUCAGCUGCUCACGCAAGAUGUUGAAAGGUUUUGUAACAGCGUGGUGGACCUGUAUUCAAACUUAAGCAAGCCAUUUUUGGAUAUUGUUCUGUAUAUCGUCAAGCUGGCAAAUGCUAUUGGCGCUCAGGGACCAGCCAGCAUGAUGGCUUACCUACUAGUAUCCGGCCUUUUCCUUACACGUCUCAGAAGGCCUAUUGGUAAGAUGACCGUAGCCGAGCAGCGGUAUGAAGGGGAAUACAGAUAUGUUAACUCCCGUCUCAUCACCAAUAGUGAAGAAAUUGCCUUUUACAAUGGAAAUAAAAGGGAAAAGCAGACCAUUCACACAGCUUUCAACAAACUGGCGGAGCACCUGCACAGUUUUAUUUUGUUCCGUUUCUCCAUGGGUUUUGUAGACAGCAUCAUCGCCAAAUAUCUAGCGACUGUGGUUGGUUACCUGGUUGUCAGCCGUCCGUUCCUCACCCCUAACCACCCGCGUCAUCAGAGCAGCACUCACGCUGAGCUCCUUGAGGAUUAUUACCAGAGUGGAAGAAUGCUGCUGCGGAUGUCUCAGGCGUUGGGACGAAUCGUCCUCGCAGGACGGGAAAUGACAAGAUUAGCAGGAUUCACAACCAGGAUUACUGAAUUAAUGCAAGUGCUGAAGGAUUUGAAUCAAGGAAAAUAUGAACGUACUAUGGUUAGCCAAGAAAAAGAAUCAGAUGACUUUCAGAACCUCCCGUUAAUACCUGGAAGUGGGAAAAUUAUCAAUGCUGACAAUAUAAUUAAAUUUGAUCAUGUUCCACUAGCAACGCCAAACGGUGAUAUUUUGAUCAGAGAUCUGAACUUCGAGGUGAGAUCUGGCGCCAAUGUUCUUGUCUGUGGGCCAAACGGAUGUGGCAAGAGCUCUCUUUUCCGGGUUUUAGGAGAGCUGUGGCCUUUAUUCGGUGGAUGUCUGACCAAACCUGAACGAGGAAAAUUAUUUUAUGUGCCCCAGAGACCAUAUAUGACUUUGGGGACGUUACGGGACCAAGUCAUUUACCCAGACACUCCAGAAGACCAGAAACGUAAGGGUAUUCCUGAUAAGGUAUUGAAGGAAUACCUUGACAAUGUGCAGCUGGGUCACAUUUUGGAACGUGAAGGCGGCUGGGACAUUGUUCAAGACUGGAUGGAUGUACUGAGUGGGGGCGAAAAGCAGAGGAUGGCAAUGGCAAGAUUAUUUUACCAUGUACCCCAGUUUGCCAUUUUGGACGAGUGCACUAGUGCAGUUAGUGUGGAUGUAGAAGGUUAUAUCUAUGACCACUGCAGAAAGGUUGGAAUAACUUUGUUCACGGUGUCACACAGAAAGUCCCUAUGGAAGCACCACGAGUACUACCUCCACAUGGAUGGCAGAGGAAACUAUGAGUUCAAGCAGAUCACAGAUGACACCAUUGAAUUCGGCUCUUAAGUGUUCUAUGCUGAUUAUUAUCAGAGUACACCGAUUGCGGGGGAAAUCGAAAGUAACUUGUGGCGAAAUAUAAUGCAGUCUCUUUUUUUUUAACAGAUUAUUGUUUAAUCCUAAACAAUUCAUGUGUAAUUUAGAAAACUGACAAUUGUGCAUUUAUCUGUUUAAUAAUCAACACCAAUACUACUAUAACAUUGAAAGUUCAGGGUAUAAAUCAGUGAAUUUGGUUUAUAUGGUAGAAAUCAACUACUGUGACUUUUCUAGCCAGGAGAAAGGUGUGUCCCGUUUUCCUUGAAGUUUAGUCCCAACAAAUGCUAUAAUUUCAUUGUUUUCCCUAAGAAUGGCCGUAGGAUCGUAGGUGACUGUGUCACUUCUUGUUUUGCACUAGAUACCGCUGGCUAGACUAGAGGAUCCCCUAAUCACCCGGCUCUGAUGGGAUACGCUGGGGCAUUGCAGUUACUGUAACGGUUUUCCUUUUAAAUUAAUCUCAGGUUCAGUUUUUUAUUUUUACGUUCAAAGAUUCACUUUUUUGCACCUGACUAAUCAGUUGGGUAUCAUAAAUACUCAGCUUGCUCAGUAAAAUCCCAGAGCGUUGGCACUUAGCCCAAAAUAGAGCCACUUGACAGGUUCGUAUGUCUCACUAGGUGUGCCGGUUGGACUGAGUUCAUACAUCAUCAGAUUUUAUACGGUUCCCUGAUAAAGAUUUACAUGUCCUUCCCAGUGAUUUAAAAUCUAUUAAUUUAAACUAAUAGGAUGACUUUUUACAUUGUUAAAUGGAGCAGUCUCAACUGGAAUGUAAACCAUGUAUUGUAGAUAUGUGUUUUGGGGGGUUGAACAAAUCAUGUAACAUAGAAAUGCGCUUGAUGAAGGCAUGCACUGAGUAUGCAAUAAAUUGGAUGUGUGUAAAUCA